AUAGUCGAGUCUUUUUCCUACACAACUGGCAGCGGCUCCCUGUGUGAAGCCACACACACACCAGCGGAGCAAAGAGAUGGCCAUCCGCGCUCAGGCGUUUUGGAUGCUGCUUCCACUGGUUGGGGCUGUACGGGCAGCUCGAGAGGCCCGUGCUGACUUGAGUCAGGGAAUCUUGGAGGUGGACAGUCAUCGCAAGCAGCAGAUGAAACUGGAUAGCCUGCAGCAUGUGGUGGACACUGCAGCUGCUGGCGAAUUGCUGGUCUGGCGAAGACUCACUGGACAACCAGCACAGGACCUGUGGACGACUGGUCUUGAAGGGUAUGAUGUGAGUCGAACCCUAGAUGCAUAUCAAAUCGACUCAACAGCCAAGUUUAGAGAGGCUGUGGGAGCGGCGGUAGACUUCGAAUGCUUUGGGGCAGUGCUGGAUCCACUUCAUAGGUGCCACAAGGCCUUCCCGAUCUAUGACCUCAUGCUGACUGCCACGAUGAUGCUGCUUUGUGCCAGUGGGAUGUGCGCCUGCUGUUUCUGUCCUAAAAGGACAACUGCAUCAUAUGUCUUGGACAUGUGACUUUAACCUGGCUCUGAGAAUUUCUCAGCCGGGCAAUUUGUGCGGUGUAAAUCUCUUUUGCCCUUUCUAUAUCUUUGCACAUUCCUUCGCUGGAGCGAAGUCCACAUGAUGUGAAUCACUGUGAUGCUGAUGGUGAACUGUAGACAACGCUGCGGCGGAAAA